AUAUUUUGGGAUGAGUAAUUCUGUUCAAACUUUAUCCCUCACACACCAUCUAAUGGAAUGAAUUGAAUCCAAAAGAAAUUGACGGGCUACGUUUGGAAACAUCGCCUUACAAGACACGUCCUUGUUAUCACAUUCACAUGAUGAAUAAGAAAUAUAUUGUGGGGUAGCACAAAACGAAAGCAAACAUAAUGCUGAAUAAUAAUUAUGCGUAUAUAUAUACCUACAUUGUCUUCUAUGUAAACAUACCAAUAGCUUAACGCCGCACCAGUUCUCCCCUCAAGAAUUCAGUUUGGCAGGUCAUGGAUGUUUUGUUGUUAUUAUGUGCUCUUCUGGUUGCUUUGCCAAACGUGGCUGUAGUGGAGAGCCGCAAAGCUCCAGUUUUGGACUACUUUGAGUAUUGUGCUAUGAGCUGCAGAGCUUAUAGUGCCUCAUUGGAAGAAUUUGGGGGUGUUGGUGAUGGAACAACUUUGAACACCGGAGCCUUUCAGGCAGCCAUAGAUCAUCUGAGUCAGUAUGCAUCAAGUGGAGGGUCUCAACUUUAUGUUCCCCCAGGAAGAUGGUUAACUGGCAGCUUCAAUCUCACUAGCCAUUUCACUUUAUUCCUACACAAGGAUGCCGUGAUUCUUGGCUCUCAGGAUGAAAAUGACUGGCCAGUGAUUGAUCCCUUGCCAUCUUACGGUAGAGGGAGGGACACCCAAGGUGGAAGGUUUAGCAGCCUAAUUUUUGGGACCAACCUCACUGAUGUAAUCAUAACUGGGAACAAUGGCACAUUGGAUGGACAAGGAGAUCUCUGGUGGCAAAAAUUCCACAAGGGGGAGCUCAGUUAUACCAGGCCUUACCUGAUUGAAAUCAUGUACUCAGAUAAUGUUCAGAUAUCCAAUCUCACUCUGGUGAACUCUCCAUCGUGGAAUGUUCAUCCUGUAUACAGCAGCAACGUUGUUGUUCAAGGGGUCACAAUUCUUGCUCCUGUGACAUCUCCAAAUACAGAUGGAAUCAACCCUGACUCUUGCACAAACACAAGAAUUGAAGACUGUUAUAUUGUGUCCGGGGAUGACUGUGUGGCUGUGAAGAGUGGUUGGGAUGAGUAUGGUAUAGCUUAUGGAAUGCCAACAAAGCAGCUUGUAAUCAGAAGACUCACUUGUAUUUCUCCAUUCAGUGCUGUGAUUGCUUUAGGGAGUGAGAUGUCUGGUGGGAUCCAAGAUGUGAGGGCUGAGGACAUUGUAGCCAUCAAUUCAGAAUCAGGGGUUAGAAUCAAAACUGCUGUGGGAAGAGGAGGGUAUGUUAAGGACAUAUUUGUUAGAAGAAUGACCAUGAACACCAUGAAAUGGGCAUUUUGGAUGACAGGAAAUUACGGGUCACAUGCUGAUGACAAGUAUGACCCUAAUGCACUUCCUGUGAUUCAGAACAUAAACUAUCGUGAUAUGGUUGCUGAGAAUGUCACUAUGGCUGCGAGGUUGGAAGGAAUCUCUGGUGACCCUUUUACUGGAAUCUGCAUAUCUAAUGUAACCAUUCAAAUGGCAAAGAAGGCUAAAAAAGUUCCAUGGACUUGCACUGAUAUUGAUGGGAUUUCAAGCGAUGUCACUCCUGCACCAUGUAAUCUGUUGCCAGAACAAGGAGAAGAGAAGAUUGGAGCAUGUACCUUCCCAGAGGAAAGUUUGCCGAUAGAAGAUAUCCAGGUUCAAACGUGCACUUACAGUAGGAAUUUAUGAUAGUGUAAAAGGAAUGGCUCAGUUCAAUGCAAACAAUGUCAUACUUCAAAAAUUGUAUUUAAAACAUUGUGUACUUAUGAAGACUCUGUACAAGGACAAUGACAACAAAUGAUUUUAGAAAUGAGUCAAUAAUAAAUACACAUGUUUGUAUUUGUCA